UCGCCUGACCGGAUAGAAGUUUUGUGUAGUAACUUGAGUUGUAUUUCUCAGCGCAGCCUGUAACUAUAAUUUCAUCACAUUUAUGUUGUUCGAUUAAACAUUAAAAUAAACAAACAGAAGUAGAGACAACUUCCAAACAAAAUUGGACCACGAAUCUAUCUUUUCUUUCCCAGUUUACGAUUGCAAAGUAAGAGCCGAGCCUAGCGGUACGCAGCUAUGGGGAACCGGGGGAUGGAGGACUUGAUUCCCCUCAUCAAUAAACUGCAAGACGCCUUCAGCUCCAUCGGACAGAGCUGCAACCUGGACCUGCCGCAGAUCGCUGUGGUUGGAGGGCAGAGCGCCGGGAAAAGCUCAGUCUUGGAAAAUUUCGUCGGCAGGGAUUUUCUUCCUCGAGGGUCAGGCAUUGUAACCCGCAGGCCUCUUAUUCUUCAACUGGUGAACAACCAAGCAGAAUAUGCAGAGUUCCUGCACUGUAAGGCCCGGAAGUUUGUGGACUUUGAGGAGGUGCGGAUGGAGAUCGAGGCAGAGACAGACAGGAUCACGGGAUCCAAUAAGGGGAUCUCUGCGAUCCCCAUCAACCUGAGAGUGUACUCUCCACACGUGCUGAACCUGACCCUGAUUGACCUCCCGGGCAUGACGAAGGUUGCCGUGGGCGACCAGCCAGUGGACAUCGAGCAGCAGAUCAGGGACAUGUUGCUGCAGUUCAUCACGAGGGAGAGCUGUCUCAUCCUGGCUGUCACGCCCGCCAACACUGACCUGGCCAACUCCGACGCCCUGAAGAUCGCCAAGGAGGUCGACCCGCAAGGUCUGCGCACCAUUGGCGUGAUCACCAAACUGGACCUGAUGGAUGAGGGAACAGAUGCCAGAGACAUCCUGGAGAACAAACUACUGCCGCUACGCAGGGGCUACAUCGGGGUGGUGAAUCGCAGUCAGAAGGACAUUGAUGGGAAGAAGGACAUCCGUGUGGCUCUCGCUGCAGAGAGGAAGUUCUUCUUGUCUCACCCCGGAUACCGACACAUCGCCGAGCGCAUGGGCACGCCUCACCUGCAGAGGACCCUCAACCAGCAAUUGACCAAUCACAUCAGGGACACUCUGCCAGGGCUGCGGAACAAGCUGCAGAGCCAGCUGCUGUCCCUGGAGAAGGAGGUGGAGGAGUACAAGAGCUUCCGCCCUGACGACCCUGCACGCAAAACUAAGGCCCUGCUGCAGAUGGUGCAGCAGUUCGGGGUCGACUUUGAGAAGCGGAUUGAGGGAUCAGGGGACCAGGUGGACACGGUGGAGCUGUCAGGGGGAGCCAGGAUCAACCGCAUCUUUCACGAGAGAUUCCCCUUUGAGCUGGUCAAGAUGGAGUUUGAUGAGAAGGAGUUGAGACGAGAGAUAAGCUAUGCUAUCAAGAACAUCCAUGGUGUGAGAACGGGGCUGUUCACUCCAGACCUGGCCUUUGAAGCGAUCGUGAAAAAGCAGCUGGUAAAGCUGAAAGAGCCCAGUAUCAAAUGUAUCGAUCUGGUGAUUCAGGAGCUCAUCAACACAGUCAGGCAAUGCACCAGCAAGCUGGGUUCCUACCCGAAACUGAGAGAGGAAACAGAGAGAAUCGUCACCACCUAUGUCCGGGAGAGAGAGGGCAAGACCAAGGACCAGGUUCUUCUGCUGAUUGACAUCGAGCUGUCCUACAUCAAUACCAACCAUGAGGACUUUAUUGGCUUUGCCAAUGCCCAGCAACGAAGCACUCACGUGAACAAGAAGAGGGCCAUGCCAAACCAGGUGAUCCGGAGGGGCUGGCUUACCCUCAAUAUCAGCAUCAUGAAGGGGGGGUCAAAGGACUACUGGUUUGUCCUAACAGCAGAGUCCCUGUCCUGGUACAAGGAUGAGGAGGAGAAGGAGAAGAAGUACAUGUUGCCGCUGGAUAACCUGAAGCUGAGAGAUUUGGAGAGAGGCUUCAUGUCCACUAAACACACCUUCGCCAUCUUCAACACAGAGCAGAGGAACGUGUAUAAGGACCUGCGGCAGGUGGAGCUUGCGUGUGACACCCAGGAAGAUGUGGACAGCUGGAAAGCUUCAUUCCUCCGGGCAGGAGUGUACCCUGAGAAGGACCAGGUGGAGAGUGAGGAGGUUGUUCCGGCCGAUACCUUCUCCAUGGACCCCCAGCUGGAGCGGCAGGUGGAGACCAUCAGGAACCUGGUGGACUCCUACAUCGGCAUCGUUAACAAGUCCAUCCGAGACCUGAUGCCCAAGACCAUCAUGCACCUGAUGAUCAACAGCGCUAAGGACUUUAUCCACUCGGAGUUGCUGGCAUACCUGUACUCUUCGGGGGAUCAGAGCUCUCUGAUGGAGGAGUCUGUGGAGCAGGCCCAGAGGCGGGACGAGGUGCUGCGCAUGUACCACGCCCUGAAGGAGGCGCUGCUCCUCAUCGGCGACAUCAGCACCUCCACUGUCUCCACCCCUGUGCCCCCUCCUGUGGACAACGAUUGGAUACCGAAAGACCCCAGUCCUCCUGCUCAGUCCAGAGCUGCAGCUGUGGCUCCGCCCCCUGGGCGGCCCCCAGUAGUGAGAGGCCCUGGCCCGGCCCCCGCCCCCGUCCCCCUGAACCCCAGCCCGGCGUUUGGAGCUCCGCCCAUCCCGUCCCGCCCCCCUGGGAGCUCCGUGACCCCUGACCCCCCCCUGGUCCCGUCCCGGCCUGCCAGAGUGCCCCCCUGCCUGCCCCCCGGGGUCCCCAACAGAAGACCUCCCUCAGCCCCUAAUCGCCCCACUGUGAUUCGCCCAGCUGAGCCGUCACUACUGGACUAGAAUGGGGAGGAGGGUCCUAGUGUAGGGGCUGGACCCAGAAUUAUUCAAGGACUUACACACACACACACACACACACACACACACACACACACUCAUGCACACGCACACACACACACACACACUCACGUGCACACACACACACACACACUCAUGCACACGCACACACACACACACACACUCACGCACACACACACACACACACACUCACGCACACACACCCACGCAUACGCACACACACUACACACACAAAAAUGUAAAAGAGAAGAGCCGUGCAUGGGUGAAGCGAUCACACCUGCCUGUGCUCACCACUAGGUGGCUCGAUGAGACUGGGAAGUAUAAACUCUUAAGUAGUUUCACAGACAAGGCACACACACACACUUUGUCACACACACACACACACACACACACACACACACACACACAUGCACACACUCUCUGACCCCCCUCUGAUUUAAUUUGACCUUUGACCUCUGUGUAAUGCCCACACACUAGUCAGUUUGUUUGAUGGCUCUUAUGAUAAUAAUGGUUUUCCUGAAACUAAAAAUAAGCAUUUUUAAAUA